AUGGAGAGGGCGACGAUCGAUCCGGAGAAGGCGGCGAAGAAGGCGGCGAAGCUGGCGGAGAAGGAGGCGAAGAGGGCGAAGGCGGCGGCGAAGGCGGCGAAGGCGGCGGAGGAAAAGGCGAAGAGGGACGCGGGCGGCGGCGGCGAGGGCAAGGCGAAGAGGGAGAAGAAGGCGAGCGGGCCGAGCGAGGAGGACGUGCGAGCGCUGGAGAGCGCGCUGAAAACGCCGAGGGGGGAGAUGAAGGAUUUGGUGGGGACGCCGAUGGCGAAGUCGUAUAAUCCGGUGGCGGUGGAGGCGGCGUGGUACGACUGGUGGGAACGGUGCGGGAUGUUUACGCCGACGAUGGGGACGAAUAAGCCAAAGUUUGUCAUCGUGAUUCCGCCGCCGAACGUCACGGGUGCGUUGCACAUUGGACACGCGCUGACGAACGCUAUUCAAGACACCAUCGUGCGGUGGCGACGAAUGCAGGGAUAUGAAGCGCUGUGGGUUCCGGGGACGGAUCACGCGGGCAUCGCGACGCAAACCGUGGUGGAGAAGAAAUUGCAGCGCGAGGAAGGCGUCACGAGGCACGAUCUCGGGCGAGAAAAGUUCCUCGAGCGCGUGUUCGAGUGGAAAGACGUGUAUGGGGGCAAGAUCUGCAAUCAGCUUCGCCGAAUCGGCUCUUCUAUGGACUGGACUCGAGAGGCGUUCACGAUGGAUGAAAAGUUGAGCAAAGCCGUCAAGGAAGCCUUCGUGCGCAUGUUCGACGAAGGUUUGAUUUAUCGCGACAAUAGAUUGGUGAACUGGAGUUGUCAGUUGAAGACUGCGAUCAGUGAUAUCGAGGUGGAUUACAUCGAGCUCGAUGGGCCGACGAUGCUCGCGGUGCCGGGGCACACCAAAAAGGUGGAGUUCGGCGUCAUCACAUCCUUUGCGUACCCGUUCGAAGACGGGCAAGGCGAAGUUGUCGUGGCGACGACGCGUAUUGAGACCAUGCUUGGUGACACCGCUGUUGCGGUGCACCCCGAAGACGAACGCUACAAGAGCUUACACGGAAAAUUCGUUCUUCACCCGUUCAACGGUCGUCGUAUUCCCAUCAUUUGCGACGCCGAACUUGUCGACAUGGAAUUCGGUACAGGUUGCGUGAAGAUCACCCCAGCCCACGAUCCGAACGAUUUCAACACCGGUAAGCGUCACGAUCUUGAGUUUAUCAACGUAUUCACCGAGGAAGGAUUGGUGAACGAGCAAGGCGGCGAGCAAUUCCAGGGCAUGAAGCGCUUUGAGUGCCGCGUCGCCAUCACGGAGGCGCUCGACAAGCUUGGUCUUUACCGGGGCAAGGCGAACAACCCGAUGCGUUUGGGUCUUUGUAGCCGUAGUAAGGAUGUCAUCGAACCGAUGCUCAAGCCGCAGUGGUGGGUCAAUUGCCAAGACAUGGCAAAGGAGGCGUGCGAUGCCGCUCGCGACAAGCGACUUGAAAUUCUCCCUACUUUCAUGGAACCGACGUGGUUCAGAUGGUUGGAGAACAUUCGUGACUGGUGCAUCUCCCGUCAACUUUGGUGGGGUCAUCGUAUUCCAGCCUUCUACGUUCGUUUCGCCGGCGAAGGUGACGACGACUGUGGGAUGCCAGGCGGUAGCUCUGAGAAGAUGGAUCGAUGGGUCAUCGGUCGUGACGCCGAUGAAGCGCGCGUUUCGGCCGAGAAGAAGUUCCCGGGUCGAGAAUUCACACUCGAACAAGACGAAGACGUGCUCGACACUUGGUUCUCGUCCGGUUUGUUUCCGUUUUCCGUCUUUGGCUGGCCCGACGAGACACCGGAUUUGGCCGAGUUUUACCCAACGUCCCUCCUCGAAACUGGACACGACAUUUUGUUCUUCUGGGUCGCUCGUAUGGUAAUGAUGGGCAUGAAAUUGACUGGUAAGGUGCCGUUCAAACAAGUGUACCUGCACGCCAUGGUUCGUGACGCGCAUGGUCGUAAAAUGUCAAAGUCUCUCGGUAACGUCAUCGAUCCUCUCCAUGUCAUUGAAGGUAUCGACUUGGCCGCCCUCAACGAGACUCUCGUCGGCGGUAACCUCGACGAGAAGGAACGCAAAAAGGCGCAAGCGGGUCAAAAGGCUGACUUCCCCGAUGGCAUUCCAGAAUGUGGGACCGAUGCUAUGCGCUUCGCGCUCGUGUCUUACACCGCUCAAGGUCGUGACAUCAACCUGGACGUUCUCCGUGUCGUUUCGUACCGCCACUGGUGUAAUAAGCUUUGGAACGCGACUAAGUUUGCGAUGAUGAAUUUGGGUGACGAAUACGUGCCGCCGGCCGAUUUCAACGCUACUUUCGAUGUACAAAGUCUUCCGCUCGCGGCCAAGUGGGUUCUCAGCCGCUUGAAUGCAACAUGCGCGUCGACAAACGCGGGUAUGGAAGUGUACGAUUUUAACACCGCCACGAACUCUGUGUACGCGUUCUGGCAAUACGAACUCUGUGACGUUUACAUCGAGAUCAUCAAGCCUGUUAUGAGUGGAUCGGAUGAAAUGGCGAAGAAACAACUGCGAGAUGCGCUUUGGAUUUGCCUCGACGCUGGUUUGAGACUUCUCCACCCGUUCAUGCCCUUCGUCACCGAAGAGCUCUGGCAGCGACUUCCGCGCACUCGCAAUGAGAACACACCGAAGAGUAUUAUGAUUGCUGAGUACCCAGUCGCGGUCGAUUCUUGGGCCAACGCCACGGCUGAGUCGCAGAUGCAAAUCAUAAUGGACUCUGUUAAGGCGUUCCGAUCGUUGAAGUCCAACUACAACCUUCCUCCCAGAGCGAGACCGGAUGUUUUCUACAGUGUCAAGACGGAUGACAGCGAAGCGGCGAUGAAGAUUGAUCCAGAAGGUUUGGUCUCUCUCGCGGGCGUCGGUGAGUUGAAACAGCUGGCUCAAGGUGAAUCUGCGCCGCCGGGUUGCGCGGUGAGCAUCGUGAACGAGUCCGUGACGGUCUAUGUUCUCUUGAAGGGAAUCGUCGACGCCGCGACGGAAAUUGCCAAGCUCGAUAAGAAGCUUGAUUUGCUCACCAAAUCGACAGAAGCGCUCGUCAAAAAGACGCAAGAAGAUGGCUACGAGACCAAGGUUCCGGAGAAGGUUCGCAACGAAAACGCCGACAAGAUCGCUAAGCAAGCUGAAGAAAUUGAUUCCAUCAAGGCCGCACGUGCGGACUUUGAAGCGUUGCUGUAG